AUGGGUGAGACGUGGAGAUACCUUAAUUCUGCCUCCGAGAUGUUGCUCCAAGUCUGCCUCAUGUUGCUGGUCACCUUCAUCCUGGAUGAGGAUAUCGCAAUGGCAGGUGAGACAAGCAUGAAGGCGCAAUCGCUUGCGCCAUAUUUCCAUUUGAAGCGUGUGGAUUCUGACUAUCUUCAAAUCACUUGGGAUAUACAAAGCAUGAUGGAACACAAGGUGACAGAAAUUAAAGUUGUCAUCACAUCAGAUGCACAUUCCGGCAUCUACGGCUAUGCAACAGAACAUGUGUCAACUGGAGAAGUGACCAUUGACGAACUGGAGCCUUACACCCUCUACGAGGUAGAAGUGAAAGCAAUGGGAAAUGGGGUCCACCACGUAUAUUCACUUGGACCCAUCGAAACGUGGCCUAUUGGUAAGUGGAUUCAACAUACGCUAAUACUCUGCCUGACGUACUUCUUCUUGCCGCAGCCACAGCCAACAUUUGUGCUUCUUCAUUUUACCUCAAAGUGA